UAAACAAUGGAUACGUAAUGAUCUAUGUAUUUUGUUGGGAACUUUCGUCAUGAAAUCGCCGUACGAAACAAACUGAAGAAAAUAAUUGGAUGCACGGUAGUGGUUCCGCCAAGACGAAUACUACCUACAUUUUUGAUUUAGUUAUUUUGACUAGUCAUGAUGAUUAUUUGUACCUUAGACUGCAAUGUAGGCUAACUAGCUGUGUUAAUUAAUUUCAGCUGUCACCAUGGCAAGUUUGUACAGCCGGGUUCAACUGCGCCAUGAUAAAUUAAAAAAGGUGACUGCGGACUCUCAAGCCCUCUGGGAGCAGUUGCAAGCGGAGGGAGCUGUCAGUGAAGAGGAGUUCACGGCAAUCCACUUAAAAUUGAAGCAAUGCUUGGGGAGUUUUGAGAAGGAGUUAUUCCAAUACUUAAAUGCUGUACCAGAUGCGGAUAUUAUUGAAUUAACUCAUAAUCAAUUAGUGGCUGAAGAUCUGCUGACGGACUUGGAAGUUGCAUGGCAGAUCUCCAAAAGACAGAAGGAAACCGUCAAGAAAUCCAAACUGCCCGAACUAAGCCUUCCCUCCUUUUCGGGGGACAAGUUAAAGUGGUGUGAAUUUUGGGACCGGUUUGCAGCUAAUGUACACCAUAGAGAGUUACAGGAAUCUGAGAAACUAAUGUACCUCCUGAGCUGCCUAAAGGGUUCAGCACUUGAAACGGUUUCGGGAAUAGCGGCUACCAACGCAAACUACUCCGUUGCAGUGGAAACUUUGAAGCGAAGAUAUGGGUCAACUGACACUCUGAUUGACGCACAUUAUACGGCGCUCAACAACCUCCAAAAGGCAGACUAUACUAGUGCAAGCUGUCGGAGUGUCCUAGACAGUGUUGAGAGGAAUAUCAGGGUGUUAGAGAAGCUCGGGGAACCAGUUGGUGGCAACCAUUUAAGGGCAUUAGUACUGUCAAAAUUCCCUGAACGGGUUAUACAUGAGCACCACCUCAUUGGUGAAGGUACUGACUUGAUGGCCAUCAGAAACAAUCUCGACAGAAUUAUAACGGCAAUGGAAAAGUCAGCACCAAGUACAGAGUACAUUGCCGUGCCUGGCAGUAGCACAACUGAGGCGUUGCAAGUCCGUACAGAGGUGAGGCCUCAGACUAGCCGGAAAAGGAAACUUGCGGGAAAUGCUGGAACACCACCUUCAAAGCGAGCUAAGAGAGCAUGCUUGUUCUGCAACCUGAAAGGACAUGCUAGCAGGGACUGUCGCAAAUACAGUACAGUUGAAGCUCGACAGAAGCAAGUAACGGGAAGAUGUCUACACUGCCUCCGACGCAAUCAUGUGACAUCAGCCUGCAAGCGCAAGAUUGCUUGCUUCCGCUGUAAAGGGGACCAUCUACUCAUAUUCUGUCCCAAUCCGGUCUCAGAUGACCGCAGUGGCAACUCUUCAAAACCCUCAAACUAAGAAAAGUAACAAAGGCAGAGUCUUCAUAGAUUGCGGUAGUCAGCGGAGUUACAUUACUCUGGCAGCUGCAAAAAAGUUAGGCCUG